AUGUCAGACACUGAAUCACUCGGAGGAGACCUAUUUGCUGAACCAGAAAACUAUUAUAAAGAGGCUCCAUCUCAUCAUUCAGCUCAAUAUGAGCGUAAAACUGAUAAAUUACCACACAAGAUAGAUCUAAGGCUGAUUGGUUCAUCACCAUUAUGGGGUCAUUUAUUAUGGAACGCUGGUAUUUUCACUGCUGAUUACCUAGAUAAACAUUCUGAGGAGCUUGUCAAAGGGAAAGAUGUUUUAGAAUUAGGUGCUGCUGCCGCUUUGCCUAGUUUGAUCUGUGGUUAUAACGAUGCCAAAACUGUUGUUUGUACAGAUUAUCCAGAUGCUGAUUUAAUAAAUAAUAUAAAGCAUAAUGUUGAAAAUGCCAAAGAUUUGGAUCAAUCUAAAGUGCUUGUUGAGGGUUAUAUAUGGGGGAAUGAUUAUGAACCGCUGUUAGAAAAGAUUAGAGGUACAAAUAAAGAUAAAAAAUUUGAUUUAAUCAUCUUAUCAGAUCUUGUUUUCAAUCAUACUGAACAUCAUAAACUUUUGAAAACUUGUCAAGAUAAUUUAGAGAAGAAUGGGAAAUGUCUUGUUGUUUUUUCUCCACAUAGACCAUGGUUAUUAGAUGCUGAUUUACAAUUUUUUGAAACUGCAAAAGAAUAUGGUUUCAAAAGUGAAAAGAUUGAUCUUGUGAAAUGGAAACCAAUGUUUGAAGAAGAUGAAGAAACUGUUGAUAUCAGAUCUAGAGUGUAUUCUUUCUUUUUAACGUUUGAUGAAACCAAAUAA